GUUUCUCAAAGCUUCUGCAAAGAGAAGGACCGAAGAAGAACAGAAGCCGAAACCCUCACCGGCGAUGGCUCUUAUCAGCACACGGCGAACAUUAUCGACACUCCUAAACAAAACCCUCUCUUCCUCUACUUCAUAUUCUUCUUCAUUUCCUACGCUCUCUUCUCGUUCUCGAUUCGCCAUGCCUCUAAUUGAAAAGGUUUCCUCUUCCCGAACCAGCCUGGGCCCGUGUUACAUCUCGACCCGACCCAAGACAUCCGGGUCCGGAUACUCGCCGCUGAAUGAUCCUUCGCCGAAUUGGAGCAACCGUCCGCCGAAGGAGACGAUUCUUCUUGAUGGGUGCGAUUAUGAGCACUGGCUCAUCGUCAUGGAGUUCACUGAUCCUAAACCUACUGAAGAAGAGAUGAUCAAUUCUUAUGUCAAAACCUUAACUUCCGUCCUUGGCUGUGAGGAAGAGGCCAAGAAGAAGAUUUACUCUGUUUGUACUUCGACCUACACUGGCUUUGGUGCUUUGAUCUCUGAAGAGCUCUCUUGCAAAGUCAAAGCAUUGCCUGGUGUUCUCUGGGUGCUGCCGGAUUCCUAUCUCGAUGUACCAAACAAAGACUACGGAGGUGACUUGUACGUUGAAGGAAAGGUCAUACCCAGACCACAGUACAGGUUCACGGAACAGCGUCAUACUAGACCCCGUCCUAGGCCAAGGUAUGAUAGGCGCCGUGAGACAAUGCAGGUUGAGAGGAGAGAGCCAUCCAUGGGUCUUCAUUCUCCAGUAAAUCCGGGAGAGUUCAACAAGCCCAGUGCUUAAUAUUAAACAUGAACAAUGCAUUAUGUAAUGGAUGGAGUUUAUUAGGAUUAUGGUAUUUACAUGCUUGUCUUAAACACUCAUGUGAGAGACUUUUCAGUUUUUAUCCACUUAAUCAAACAAAUCAAUCAUCAUUCAUGUCUCUAAUGAUGACUAAACACUACUCUAAACAGAACAAAUUAU